CUGCAUCUCGCGUCAAGCCCGCCAGGUCUCUUCAUGCACGUUACGGUAUGCUUAAACAUACGAUAAUAUAAUCUUACGGAUGUAUUUAAUAAAUUUGUUAUGUUUCCUUGCUGUUAAUGCAGCACUUGCAAGCUGGCCGCGUGCCUCGCAAACAAGCAGCUUUCAUUUUGUCAUUCGAUUUUGAAUCCACAUGCUGAAAUCCAAUCCAGUAGCCGAAGCACGUGAAGCAAAGCGGAGACAGCGGAGACACACGGAGACACCGCAUGCGGGUUUUGUAGAGUUGAGCGCGCCGGAGCCGCUGAAAAUGGGAGAAACGGCUCAGAUUCAAGCGAAAUUCUUCACCAAAGACGAAAGGUACUCCGUGCCAGAUACGCCGUUCUCUAUAGCCGGCAGUACAACACCCGAGCAGCUCUCUUCACUUAUCAAUGCGCUGCUCAAGGAGUCCUCGGCAUCGCCGGAUCAAGAUGAGCAGCCCGUGUUCGACUUCCUCAUCAACGGGGAACUGCUCCGGCUCACGCUCGAAGAACACUUGGAGACCAAGGAGAUCCCGCAGGAGACGAUCGUUCACCUCGAAUACCUCGAGAAAUGCCCGCCGCCUUCGCCCGUCGACAGCCUGAUCCACGACGACUGGGUGAGCGCGGUGCACGCUUCCGAAGCCGGCAUCCUGUCCGGCUGCUACGAUAACACUCUGCACAUCUGGGACACCGCGACGGGGACGCGGAGGCUGACGAUACCAGGCCAUCUGGGACCGAUCAAGUCUGUCAAAUGGGUGGCGGUCGCCGAGCCGCUCUGCACCUUCGUGAGCACGUCGCACGACGAGACAGCCAUGCUGUGGCAGUGGGACAGGCACACCAACGCCGUCGAAUCAGUGCAGGUGUGCCGGGGUCACGCCCGCAGCGUGGACUGUGUCGACGUCAGCUGGAACGGGGCCAAGUUCGUGACGGGCUCCUUCGACCACAUGCUCAAGGUCUGGUCAGCGGACCCCGACUCCACAGACACGGACCACGGGCAGGACGGCUCCGAAGAGGGAAGCCGGAAGAAGCAGAAGACGGUGGACGGCAAGGCGAAGACGCGAGUGCCCGUGCUCACCCUCGCGGGCCACCACGAGGCCAUCACAGGUGUCCAGUGGACCGACGAGGCAGAGGUGGCCACCUGCUCCAUGGACCACACACUCCGUAUCUGGGACGUGGAACUCGGCGGCAUGAAGUCUCAGCUGGCGGGCUCCAAGGCCUUCCUGGGCAUCUCCUAUUCCAGGCUGAACCGACAGAUUGUGUCGGCCUCCUCGGACAGGCACGUUCGCCUCUGGGACCCGAGGACGAAGGAUGGCACCAUCGUCAAGUGUAGCUACACGUCGCAUGCGGGCUGGGUGUCGGCCGUCCACUGGGCUCCCAACUCGGACCACCAGUUCAUUUCGGGCUCGUACGAUACGCUCAUGAAGCUGUGGGAUGCGAGGAGCCCCAAAGCGCCGCUCUACGACAUGUCGGGACACGAAGACAAGGUCCUCGCCGUAGAUUGGUCGCUGGGCAAGUACAUGAUCAGCGGCGGUGCCGACAACCAAUUGAAAAUCUUCGAGCACAAGUAACCUCAUCACAUGGCUCAUGAGUGGGGACGACUACCUUCAUAAUAUUCAAUCUGGUCUGCUGGCAUUGUGGCUCCGGCCGACAGCUGUCUUUGCUGCGAGAAUAAAAGGACUCUCAUGUUCGUAUGCCACUUUAACAGGAUGUGGCGAACCCAAUUGAAGACUCUUAUUCUAUAAAAGAAGACAUACUUUUGCAAUUUAGUUUUCUGAAUAUGUGCGUAUGUGAUAUAAUAAAACAAUGUCCGGAAGUCCAUUUCAA